GACGCUCAGGUUAAAAUGAAAGAAAGCGAGCGAGAAAAGAAACAGAAAACCAAGAUUGAAAAAAGACAAAUAAAAAAAGUAGGAUAAAUAAAUAACAAACUACUCGAAGAAUAAUAAUAAAAUGAAAUGAAAAAAUAAAGAAAAAUACCUCCGAACCUUUCACCCCUCCUCGUCCCUCUCUCUUUGGUUCUUCUACUCUUCUUGACUUCAUUCAUUCCCAACCCGCACGGAUUUCGCAUCGUCUUUCUUCUUCUUCUUCACCGGAAUUAGGGGUUUUCGUCCUUCGGUCGUCGGAUCUUCUCUCCAGUGUAAGUUUAGUCUUCCCCGCUCAGUGCAUCUCAAAUUACCUUUACACUGUAGGCUGCUGCUCUCAGCUUGCUGAUCAUCUUAUCCAUUUCUCCCUUCUUGAAGCAUCAGCACUGGCAUUUGUCUGCUUUUCUCUCAUAACCCGGACCAUCUUUCUUUGAGGGUGCAUUUGGGGUUGAUUGAUUCUUCGUACCUGGGUUUUUUUUAUAGCUCAGUCUGACUUUUCGUGGCUCAGUUUGGUAGAGGGUUUUUGGAAUGUCUGCUUGGGUAUAUCCGAAAGUGUUUCUUCGAUUCGGAACUUAAUGUUGAGUUUCUUAUAUCUCUUAGGGGUUCUGGGUUAGUCAAUACUCUGAUGUUUUGGUUUAUGGGAAGUGACAAUUGUACGUUUGUAGUGGUAGAAUCGCCAUUGGGUUUUCCGUUGUGAUUCAGGCAUCAGUAGCUAGGUAUGUGCUCGAAAACGAGUAAUGGUAGUGGAACAGGAUAAGCUUUAGAAGCCGAGACUAAGCUGCUACCAUGUCCACUAAUCAGAAGCGGAGUGUGCUGUCCGUGAUGUUCAGCCAGUGAGUUGGUAAAUUGUUGAUGCAUGAAGGCCCGGCUGGUUGGUACUGUUGAGAGCUUAUAUGAAUGGUAGAUAUUGGUAAACAAAGGGUAAAAACUAAAUUGUAAACAAACUGAUUCCCUGUUGUAGCAUCGACAUUACAGCAUUCAUUAAGCUUUUGUAUGGCUUUUGCUUUGUUUUCUAGUUGAUGUUUCGUGUUUUAUUACAAUGCCAUAUUCUGAUGAUCCUUGCUCAUUGAUGCAGUUUUCGACGUCCUUUCCUUGUUGGUAUAGCCUGUCUUUGUGCCGAAAACGUCCAUGAUGCGACAGAGCUUUGGUCUCUGGUGCUAACCUGGUGCUCCUCCUCUUUACUUGUAAGUUAUGUUAACUCAUUAUUCAAAAGUAGUUGGCUGUUGUUUCCAUGCAGCAUGGAGCUUGAUGUUUUUUCCUCUUCCAUACUAUCUUUUGAUGUAGUGUCUCAGGUAACUGAGCAUCACAACUCCUCGAAUUGGUUUGCAUCUGGUAUCAGCAAAGAUCAUUGUUGCAUUUGAAGUCAAUAUGGAUGAUGGAGGACAUCGUGAAAAUGGACGACACAAACCAGAUCAGUUCAAAGCAUCUCAGAGUCAGUGGCUGAUGCAACAGCCAACCAUGAAGCAAAUCAUGGCAAUCAUGGCCGAACGAGAUGCUGCAAUCCAUGAGCGAAACAUGGCCAUCUCAGAGAAGAAGGCAGCAAUAGCAGAGAGAGAUAUGGCGUUCCUUCAGCGAGACUCGGCUAUUGCUGAGAGAAACAAUGCCCUAAUGGAGCGAGACAGUGCCAUUGCCACCCUCCAGUACCGCGAUAACUCUCUCCCUAACAGUAACAGCAUGUCUUCUUCCUGUCCAUCAAAUUGCCAAAUCUCUCGAGGUGUGAAGCAUAUUCACCACCCCCAGCAUCAUCUCCCCCACAUGCAUGAGAUCCAAGGAAAUGAUUCCCCCCUCCCGACUUCUUCGCCAGCUAUCAUUCCAGAGACAGCAAAGCCCAGGCGUGGCGGUGGCAAACGACCCAAGGACCCCACCAAGGCGAUGGGCUCCAAUAAAAGGUCCUCAUCGAAAUCAAAGGUGAAAAAGGAGAGCAACGAGUGGAAGACGGAGCAGGAUAUGGGCAUGGGAGAUGGUGAAGAUUUGAACGAUAAACAGCUUGUGGUAUCGAACUGGAAAGGGUCGGAUCUCGGGUUGAACCAGAUUGCAUUCGACGAUUCAACCAUGCCUGCUCCGGUUUGCUCGUGCACGGGAAUCUUCAGGCAAUGCUACAAGUGGGGCAAUGGAGGGUGGCAGUCAUCAUGCUGUACGACCACUCUAUCGAUGUACCCUCUUCCCGCGGUGCCAAACAAGAGGCACGCUCGUAUUGGUGGGAGGAAGAUGAGCGGCAGCGCAUUCAGCAAGCUGCUGAGUCGUCUGGCGGCUGAAGGGCAUGAUCUGGCCCAUCCAGUUGAUCUCAAGAACCAUUGGGCGAAACAUGGAACCAAUCGUUACAUCACGAUCAAGUAAAGAUCAUGGAAUCCGGGUACAACACUUGUACUUCUCGGGGUAUGCUCUUCUUGUGUGUAUCCUUCUGAGGCACACUAGUUUUAUGAUCAUAAUGCUGUGUAAGGAAAGCAAUAAGCAGGGGGUACCAUAAGAGCGGAGGAAUUAGGGUAGGCAAGGUGUCCUCCCAACGACUUUGUUCGAGCCAAGUUUUUCUGUACUGCGAUGUUGUGUAUGGUGUAGAUGCAGAAAGUAUGUAAUGGAGACAGCGUACUACUGUACCUGAAAAUGAGGGCGAUAAUCAUGUAUCUGUACAACUCUUUGUAGCUUCAAUUGUAAAUGUACCUCUUCUCCUCUCCCAUUGGCAUGUGAGUGGAAUGAUGUUAAA